UGUUAAAGUAAUCUUGGUAGCUAGUUGCAUACAUGUAAGAUAAUUGUGUGUAACCACUGGUUGCAAAACCAUAGAAUCUCUCUGAAGGACUUCAUUUCCCAUUAGUGUCCAUUUGUGUUGCGUAGCUGACAGCGAAACCAUGGAAACAGAUCGGUCAGUCGAGAGACAGCUUGGCCCUUUCUUGUCAAUCUGGCUGUGGAUCGGUGCAGGAGGGACGUUUAGUUAGCUAAUAGCCACUGAAAAUGUUUUAAAAGAUUAUUUCUGCGUGUCGAAAUACGUAGUCACGACAGGUAGCUGGCCUUCAUCGUUGAGAUGCUAUUUGGACGACAUUAGCCGGCUUAUUUAACUAGGUAGACUUUGCUAAGUAACGUUAGUAUAUUGCGAACAGCUUUGUGGUAUUUCAGGUUUAGCUAGAUACCUUAGCUAGAACAGAUGAUGCUGGAGUCAAUACAAGUAACAGAAAGACUUCACUGGCCAGAAGUAGAAAUGUCCAAAAAGUACAUCUUAAACUCUACUGACAAGGCACUGAGUCCAAGCCAAGUAUACCUGGAGAAGAUUUCUUCUAGUGUCCUCAAAGACCUCAUCAGCGCUGGCUCCAGCAGCUACAACAUACUGCUGCAGGCUGAGGAAGAAGAGUGGGAUAGUCCAAAGCAGUCUCUGUACAAGAGGCCAAAAACAUCAGUGAAAUGUGGUGCAACACUCAGUAAAAGAAACCAUCCAGGCAUGGCUUUUAAAAGGGUACGUGCUCAAGAAGGUGACGGUAAACCUUCACAGACAAAUUGUGUCCUCUCAGGCACCAACUCCAGUUUCCCUAAACCAGCACGGAACAUUGCAGUAGUGGGCAGCACGAUGGGCCUAACCCCUCGUACAGUUUCACAGUUUAGGAAGAUGUGCCUCCCCAACUCGCCUCGCACCAAACUUCCCUCGUUGCACAAAGAUGCAACCACACGGGAAGUGGAAAAUGCCAGGAAGCUCUGCAUCCUUACAGCCAUUAAGCCAUCUAAUGUGGAGAAAGAGAAGGCCAAGUUUUUAAAGUCUGACUUCAACUACAAUCCGCAGUUUGAGUACAGCAAUCCCGUCUCUCCGCUUGUCUUGGCACGGCACAAUAAUGCCUCAGAUCGCUUCCUGACACAGGCAGUGCACAUCAUGGAGCUUGCCCUGCAGCGAUAUGGCAGCUAUGAGAAGUUUGAGCAGGUCACUGGGGGCAACCUCCUCACCAAGAGUCGCACGUUGCACAAUGUCAAGAAAUACAUGGAGAAGGAAGGCUGCAUGGGAGAGAUAGUAGUCCAGGUGACAGACGACCUCCUGUCCAGAGCCUCCAUGACAGUUGUGAACAGCAGACCCACACUUACAAUCAACAUCUCCACUGCACGAGAGCACUGGCUGGAGGGAAUGCUGAGGCAUGAGAUCGGCACACAUUAUUUCCGUGGUAUCAACAACUACCAUCAGCCAUGGAGCAGUAGCAUGGGCAGGAAGAAGCACAACCUUAAACCCCUGAACCCCACAGAGGAGGGCCUGGCCAGCAUCCACAGUGUCCUGUUCAGGAAAGACCCCACUUUGUGGCGCGCUGCCCUGCUCUACUAUACCGUCUACCAGGCCAGCCACAUGUCCUUCUCUCAGCUCUUCCACAACCUGGGACGCUUCGUCCAGGACCCCAACACCCGCUGGGACUAUUGUGUCAGAGCCAAGAGAGGACAGACUGAUACAGCACAACCAGGGUGCUUCAGUAAAGACCAGGUCUACCUGGACGGCAUCCUGAAGAUCCUGAGAUACAGAGACAAGAUCAACUUCCCACUGCUGAUGGCACUAGGAAAGGUGUCAUUCGAAGACGUGGACCACCUGAAAGCCAUGGCUCAGGUGGAGAACAUUCGCAUCCCACACUUCAUGCAGGACCAGGUGAGGUAUGCCGAGCAGCUGACGAAAAUCAUGAUGGUCAACCAGCUGACUGACGAGGAGCUCAAGACCAUCAUCUGAGCCUACUUCACUUCCUGCACAAUUCUGAUCAGAGUUAAAUAAAAGCUAUCACACUACUGCCGUCCAUGGCCUACAUGCCUCAGCACCAUCACCAUCAGUGUGCAUGGUUGUACAGUCUGUGACCUUUGCAGUGUGCUUGUAUUGCAUGUAGUGCAGACUUGUGUUAGAUUUGCUUAUAAUUAAAAAUCUGCUUUUGCCCAAUCAUAUCUCCACUCAUAGAGCAGAUCACCCUGAGAAUACGUUUUGUGUUUAGGGCUUUAUGAAGUUUGACAACAUUUUCUAUACCAGUGCCAGUACAACACCUGUAUUACUUUAUCAAUACAAAAAUGACACUUUUUACUCUACCAUACCUUUACUUUUCUAUAAAUUUUCCAAGCUUUUGGUGCCGAUGUUUUUUUUUAUUACUUGACAGUUUCUGAUACUCAGUUUGGUUUGGGAGGAUUUUCUCUCUAGUAGUGUCUCAGCUACAUUAGCAUGGUUUUCAAAAUAGAGUUUUAAGGGGUAAGGGCUGUCACUCUAUUUUGAAAUUUCAACCACCCUUCAAUUGUUGUAAAAAGCACAACAGGCCGUGUCUUGUUCUAGUUUAACCCGUUGCAUGCCCUAUUGCCUUAUAUGUAAACUACUGUUUUGCUAACACAAAAUGGAGAAAGCUAGCAAGCCGUGCUAAUACAGAUAAUCAUGACACAAAGCUAUUUAAGAAGUAAUGUGAGAAAACAUUUUGGAAUUAACAGUAUAGAUGAAAAAUGCAACUGCCUUACAGUAACAUUACCUUGUUACUCAGUGAGGUAGCUGAGGCACUGUGAAUUAACAGCACAAUGUUAAAUUUUACAAGAUGUAGGAUUUAGGCUUAAAAAAGUGGGUUGCAUUUGAAUGAUUUCAAACAAAAUACGUUGUAGUUCAAAUUUGUUCAAACUUCAUGUUUAAAGAAUUCAUAGCCAUAAUACCAAUAUACAGUACAUUUGUAUAUCUGUGAUAAGCUCAAUCAGCCAGUAAUAUUGGAUAUGAUGAUGGAUCAGUCGGGUCCUAAUCCAAAUGCUGCCCCAAGACUUUUUCAACCUGACAACAAUGAAAUUCUUGAAGAAUACUUUUGUGGACUCUUGUGCAUGAAUAUGGUUAAAUUUAGACAUGUGGAACAUCCAUUAGUUUUAGCAAAAUCUUACUGGCCUAAUACUGAAAUACAGAUUAUUUUGUCUCUUGUUCACCUAUUGUAUGAUCUAAGUGUACUUGCCUACAGUAGUGUUUUAUAUCUUUGUCUGUAGUGAAGAUGAACACGUUCUUGCUCUUUGUUUCCUUUAGAUACCACUGAGGGUUACCAUUGUUUCAGUGCAUGUGUUAGGCAUUAAAACAGAGAGUUGUUGCAAACCCUAGUGGUUUGACUGCACUGACUUGAAGCCCUGUAAGACUAUUUGCACUUUCUUACCUUCGAUCUACCUUUUGAGCUGCACUCAUAUAUGUAUAUACUGUGUUGAAUUCAUUUAUACAGACUGAUAUAUCUAUGUUUUACAGAACAAACAAAAUUUCUUGUGUUUUCACUGUAAUAUUUGAUGAGUUUUGUGAUGUUACUACCAAGACUGACCUGAUGUAGAGAGCAUCUCUGCUUCCUCAAAGAAUCCUUAAAUGGUACAGUUUAAUAACAUGGCAUUUCUAUGUGAUUUUUUUUAUUUGAAUUAUUUUUUGGUGAUAUUAAUAGGUAGAAUCUUAAAUAAAAAUAAAUAAAAUAGUAAUACUAAAUAAA